GUAAGACUUAGCUUAAAUAUAAGAAUUAGCUUAAAUAUAAGGCUUAGCUUAAACAUAAGAAUUAGCUUAAGUAUAAGGCUCGACUUAAACGUAAGGCUUAGCUUAAAUAUAAGACUUAACUUAAACGUAAGAAUCGGCUUAAGCGUAAGGCUCGACUUAAAUAUA